AAAUAUAAUAUAGGCACACAUAUAUAUAGCUCAUGACCAAACACAAUCAAAACAUAUUUUGUCUUUAACAUCCACCUUCUAUAACACUUGCACUCCAAAACUAGUGAGCUAUAUAUCCAAGUUAACCCAGUAUUUAGCUCAAUAUGACCCAUCACUUUUACCUCAUUAGCUUCUUCCUCCUUGCUCUCCUGCCAACCAUGGUAGCACCACAUUGCAAACUGCAGCAGGUUGACAGCAGUACCACCAAUAUCAUCGGACACCACGACUCUCUUAAAUACAAAAUAGCUGCUAUGCUUACCAUCCUUUUUGCUGGUGGAGUUGGUGUUACCAUCCCUCAGCUUGGUAAGAAAGUGGAAGCUCUCAACCCAGAUAAUGAUAUAUUCUUCAUGAUCAAGGCCUUUGCUGCUGGCGUCAUUCUAGCCACUGGCUUUAUCCACAUCUUACCUGAUGCUUUUGAACAUCUAACUUCUCCUUGCCUUCCUCAUAACCCAUGGGCUAAAUUCCCCUUUGCGGGUUUUGUUGCCAUGACCUGUGCCAUCGGGGCCCUUGCAAUCGACACCUUUGCAACCAGCUUUUACAGAAAGAUGCACUUCAACAAGCAACAAAAGCCACGACAGGUGCAUGUCGAGUCCGGGAGCACUAGUAGUGAUGACCAUGCUGCUCAUCUUCAUGUCCAUGCACAUGCCACAGAUGGCCAUGCUCAUGGCACCUCCCUCAUAUCAUCUCUUGAAUCAGAACUCAUCAGGCACCGUAUCAUAUCACAAGUGUUGGAGCUGGGAGUCAUCAUUCACUCGGUCAUAAUUGGACUCUCAUUGGGGACUUGUCAAAGUAUCUCGACCAUAAAGUCUUUACUUGCAGCUUUGUCAUUUCAUCAGUUCUUUGAAGGCAUGGGACUUGGUGGAUGCAUCUCUCAGGCAAAAUUUACAUCUGUGUCAAGUGCGAUGAUGGCAAUAUUUUUCUCCCUCACGACACCAAUAGGGAUUGCAGUAGGUAUUGGAAUAUCAAACGUUUAUAGAGAAGACAGCAAUACAUCCCUGAUAGUGGAAGGAAUCUUGAACUCUGCUUCAGCUGGGAUAUUGAUAUACAUGUCACUGGUUGAUCUGCUGGCUGCAGAUUUUAUGAACCCAAGGAUGCAAAGCAAUUUAAAGCUUCAGUUAGGGGCGAAUGUUUCGCUUCUUCUGGGGGCUGGAUGUAUGUCUUUCUUGGCCAUAUGGGCUUAAUUAAUGAAUAGACAUACAUAUACGUACAUCAUCCAUUAGUUAAU